AUGGACUUGUUGAAUGACUUGACUUCAUCUACUGGUGAUAAUCCUUUAAUUGUGUUUGACUGUGACUCUGUGAACCCAUUGGAUCAAUUGAAAUCUUCGAGUGAUCGUAAGGAAACUGGAGAUUCAAAGCCUAAGAGUAGAAAUGGAGAUAAAUUGGAAUUGAAACAUUUUCAUGAUCAAACAUUAGCUCAAGAUUAUGUUUGUAAAAUUUGUCAAUUUAUGGUCGUUGAUCCAAGGGAACACAAUGUAAUUGGAUCGACAUUUACCUGUGCAUCGUUAUUUUGUUACAAUUGUAUUUGUAAUUGGAUUAAAUCGGGUAAAAGUUACUGUCCAUCUCCAGGAUGUUUGACUAUUGGAUUUGAGGAAUCAGCUUUUCGGGAGAUUGGUGCUCGAGAUGUAGCUCGAUUAUCGGGACUGAUGAUGAACUGUCCUUUCUCGUGUGGAUUAAAACUCACUUAUUCUGAUUAUACUUUCCUAUCUCAUCGGAAUCAAUGUCCAUCUAAUCCAGAAAAUAUGUGUAAGAUUUGCAAGUCACCGAAACUGGACUCUGGCGGUGGACAUGAUUGCAGAAUCGUUUUCAAUGAGAUGAGACAGAAAAUAGACUCAUUGAACAUCAAAGUCUCUAAGCUGAAUGGUGUGAUAGAUCAGUUACGAAGCGAAUUGGCCACAGCCAAAAAAGAAGAAACUAAGACGAAGAAUGGACCAUCCGGAAUCAAAAAGGAAGCCAUUGGUAAAGACAAAAAAGGAGUGAAUGACCAGAAAGGAAAAGACAAUCAACCGAUAGCAAGCAAAACUGACGCUAAAAUAAAUAAAAGAGACCUGAAAAGUCUAAAAAUUACCACAGAAAAGCAAAAUUCAUCGAAAGAAAAACAAUUAAUUAGUGAAACUAAAUCAGGAGAUAAAGAUGGUGGUCAAGCAAAAGAAUCAAAUAAAAUAUCAAUCAAUUUCUACUCCAAUAGUUAUUAUCCGCUUGGUACAUUCGGUUCUUUUUCUGGUAUUAAUUUGGUUUUCCAUUAUGGUAAAAGAUCAAUUAAUUUCUAUGAUGUUGCAUCUACUUCCACCGUGCGAGAUUUUCGACGUUGUAUCACCACCAUAAUAGGUCACGAUCCUGGUCUCAUGUUGUUCAUACGACACACAGUUCUCUAUCGAUGUAGUGGAAUUAAACAACAUUGUGGCUUCCGAAUGGGCAACAAUGUAGUUACAAUUCUUCCAGUUGAUACACCUAAUUACGAAGAGCCAGAUUGCCGAAUACCCCUCUAUUUACCUAGUGAAAAUAUUAAUGCUAUUAGUAAAAAUAGUAGAUUAUUAAACUUUUAUUCUAACAAUUUGGAUUCUCAACGAGGAGCUGAUGGCGUACAAGUGACUCUUGUUUCCGAUAAUUCAAGUUUCAUGAUUGAUUCAGUUGAUGAUGAAAUGACUUUGGGUGACAUUCGUCAUAAAGCAGCUCAAUUAAUUGGAAAAUCUGAUAUAACUUUGAUUCCUGGUGAUGGCCACUUUAAAUAUGAUGCUAAUGAUGUUCUACAUUUAAACCGAUUUCAGGAAAAUAAAAGUCUUGCAAAUAAGCCAUCAAACUUAAGUAUAUAA